UUCGAUACAAAAACAACCCGUAGGUUGUUAAACAUACCUUCUAUUGCUAUUAGUGUUCGGUAUGUCAUUACUUUUCUAGGUCAUGUGUUACUGAAAGUAAUUUAUAUUCCGUAGAAUGUCGACUUGUAUGGCAUGCUGCGAUAUUAAGCGGCAUGGUGAAUGGCCCUUGUGGCUUAAUUAUUAGCUGGGUUUUCGUCAUCCAAUCAAUUAAAAAUUUAACUUUGGCUAUACACAUUAAAGAUAAUGAAACGGAAUUGCCACUGAUAUGUUAUACUUGUGUCAAUGUAUCAGACAAUUACAUCUGUAAUCAGUACGCCAUCGACGUACCGUGCCCUAAAGGUAAUGAUUUCUGCCACACCUUACACAUCAUGGAUUCAACUGGUGCUAGUGUAGUUGUCAACAAGAAAUGUGCUAAUAGCUCGGAAUGCUGGUCGUUAGGGGUGGGAUGUUUGAAAGUGGAUACGCAAACGAUUUGUGUUUCUUGCUGUGAUGAAAUCUACUGCAACGUCACCGUACCUACCAAUCAAUCAGAUGCAAUAUUGUCAAAUAAACGUGCAACUCAUAAAAGCAAACAGAAACCUGUAGUCAACUCGAGUGCUAUCCAGUCUAUCGGCGCCAUGUUCUCAAUUUUUAUUCCAAUGCUGAGGAUGUUCUUUUGGUAAAAAAAAAUUCAGUUAGGAUGUUAAAAUGCAGCAAUCACGUCAACCUAAUAGAUAACUUUCAUAUCAUAUCAGAUUCUCUCGUAUUUGGCAGGAAUCUUUCACACAUGUUCAGUUUUAGAAUACCUACCUAUACCUACUGUACCUACCCGAUGUUUGAUAAUACGUAAAAGAAAAACUUUCAUUAUGUUGUAUAAUCAACUUUGUAGCCAAUUUAAUUUUUACAUACGUGUUUCGUUUCAACUUUCAUUAUGUAUUUUGAGCCUUUCAUCAACACAAAGUAUUUAAUAUUUUUAAAGUUACCAUUGAAUUAUUUGCUUAUAAACGUGGUUUUCAAAGCCUUCGCUCUUUGUGAUUUGAAGUAAGUAUUAUUUGUUGUAAGUAUAUAUGAUUUGUUAAAAUAUUAUAUUUUAUUUUAAGCUUCAGCUGUCAUAGCUUCUUACAUUGUCGUUAUGCUAUCAUUUAUUGUGAGUGAUUACAGGAAAAAAUGAUGAUUUUUCAUUUUCAAUACUGUAUAAUUAAUCAUAAUACUUUUCACGUAAAUAGUGAAUUGUAAUUUUUAGUUUUUAAUUAUUAAAAAUUUAUUAUAUUUCGAGA